AUUCACCCAAGAGUCAUGUCUUGGGCUGCUCGCCCGCCCUUCCUCCCCCAGCGGCAUGCCGCAGGGCAGUGUGGGCCGGUGGGGGUGCGAAAAGAAAUGCAUUGUGGGGUCGCCUCCCGGUGGCGGCGGCGACGGCCCUGGCUGGAUCCCGCGGCGGCGGCGGCGGCGGCAGCAGCCGGAGAACAACAAACCCCGGAGCCGGAGCCAGGGGAGGCUGGACGGGACGGGAUGGGCGACAGCGGGCGGGACUCCCGAAGCCCAGACAGUUCCUCCCCGAAUCCCCUUCCCCAGGGGGCCCCUCCCCCUUCUCCUCCUGGCCUACCCCUACCCCCUUCAGCAGCCCCAACCCUUGGAGGUUCCGGGGCCCCACCCCCACCCCCGAUGCCACCCCCUCCACUGGGCUCCCCUUUCCCAGUCAUCAGCUCUUCCAUGGGGUCCCCUGGUCUGCCCCCUCCAGCUCCCCCAGGAUUCUCCGGGCCUGUCAGCAGUCCCCAGAUUAACUCAACAGUGUCGCUCCCUGGGGGUGGACAGUGCAGGCCCCGGACCCCUAAGACUGGUGGCUUCACAUCUUCAGGGGGGCCAGACCCACCCCCAGGGAGCGACACUGUUGAGUUAAUCUGGGAUGGGGGAUGGUCAGGGGGAAGAGGGGGCUGGUAUAGGGUUUUUGAACAGUAA